CCCAGUUGCACUCAUAAUAUACAAUGAAGCUGUCUACUGCUUUUUACUUCUUCCAGCUUUGGCUUUUUAUGUUUUCUGUUAUGAUAUAUUUUUCAGGGCAAGCACUAGCUCACACUGUCACAUUUUAUGUGCAUAACAAAUGCCCCUUUCCAGUAUGGCCUGCAACUGCCCCUAACAAUGGCCAGCCGGUUAUUGAAGAUGGUGGUUUCUACCUCCCCUCUGGUGAAACUCGAAUUAUUGAAGCCCCAUGGUCAUGGAGCGGUCGAAUUUGGGGCAGAACGGGCUGCAAUUUUGCAUCUAAUUGGAAGUCUGCCUGUGAAACUGGUGACUGUGAUGGAAGACUUCAAUGCAAUGGCCUAAUAGGCAGACCACCAGCCACAUUAGUUGAGAUUUCACUACAAGCCUAUAAAGGCCAGCCAAAUUACUAUGACGUGAGUUUAGUUGACGGCUAUAACCUCCCUGUAACGGUGGCACCAAGGCAAGUAUCACGAAAUUGUACAAUUUCUGGCUGCAAGAAGAAUCUCAACACUGGCUGCCCACAAGAGCUCCAAGUUGUGAACAAAAAUGGGCAAGUGGUGGCUUGCAAAAGUGCUUGUUUGGCUUUCAAUCUUGACUCAUUUUGUUGCAGGAAUGAAUAUGGAACCCCAGAAAAGUGCAAGCCUAACUUAUACUCGAAGAUUUUCAAGGAUGCUUGUCCUGCUUAUUAUAGUUAUGCAUUUGACAUGCCACCACCAUUGAUAAAUUGUGCUUCCAAAGAAUAUGUGGUAACAUUUUGCCCUUCUAGUUGGGGCAAAAUUGAUGCCAAUAUAUCUUCGAUAUAGAUCACUUUUUAUGUAUCAUUUGUUCAAUUAUGGUCGUUUUCUGAAUUGAGUUCCAAUUGUUUGGUGAUGUUUGAUGCUUAAAACUUACAUGAAAAAAUGUAUUAGUUGGUUCAUUUAGAUUCAAGAUUGUAUUUCACAUCAAUGUUAACGUUGGCCGGUGGUUUUUCUUGUAUUAAAUUUUUCAUGUAAACAUUUGUGUUCCUGUA